AUGAGAGAAGUAAUUAGUAUCAAUGUUGGUCAAGCUGGUUGUCAAAUUGGUAACUCAUGCUGGGAAUUAUACUCUUUAGAACAUGGUAUAAGACCAGAUGGGUUUUUACAAGAAGGUUUAACUAAACCUAAGGGUGGUGAAGAAGGUUUUUCCACUUUUUUCCAUGAAACAGGUAGUGGUAAAUACGUUCCUCGUGCUUUGUAUGUUGAUUUAGAACCUAAUGUUAUCGAUGAAGUAAGAACUGGUAAAUACAAGGAUUUAUUCCAUCCUGAACAAUUAAUAAGUGGUAAGGAAGAUGCCGCCAAUAACUAUGCUCGUGGUCAUUACACUGUAGGAAGAGAAUUGUUAGAUGAAAUUUUGGAUAGAAUUAGAAAGAUAUCAGAUCAAUGUGAUGGCUUACAGGGUUUUUUAUUCACUCAUUCUUUAGGUGGUGGUACUGGGUCUGGUUUGGGCUCUUUAUUGUUGGAACAGUUAAGUGUUGAUUAUGGCAAAAAGUCAAAAUUGGAGUUUGCAGUCUAUCCUGCUCCUCAAGUUUCCACCAGUGUUGUAGAGCCUUAUAAUACCGUAUUAACGACACAUACUACUUUGGAGCAUGCAGAUUGUACUUUUAUGGUUGAUAAUGAAGCUAUUUAUGACAUGUGUAAGAAAAAUUUGGACAUACCAAGGCCUAGUUUCCCCAAUUUGAAUAAUUUAAUAGCACAAGUUAUAUCUUCUGUUACCGCCUCUUUGAGAUUUGAUGGGUCUUUAAACGUCGACUUGAACGAAUUUCAAACAAAUUUGGUCCCAUACCCAAGAAUCCAUUUCCCAUUAGUUUCCUAUGCUCCUAUUUUAAGUAAAAGCAGAGCUAAUCAUGAAUCCAAUUCAGUGAUGGAAAUCACUAAUGCUUGUUUUGAACCGGGUAAUCAAAUGGUUAAGUGUGAUCCAAGAACUGGUAAGUAUAUGGCUACUUGUUUGUUAUAUAGAGGUGAUGUUGUCACCAGAGAUGUUCAAAAUGCUGUUUCUCAAGUGAAAAAUAAAAGAACUGUUCAAAUGGUUGAUUGGUGUCCAACAGGUUUUAAAAUUGGUAUUUGUUAUCAGCCACCAACUGCCACACCAGAAUCUCAAUUGGCUGAAGUACAAAGAGCUGUUUGUAUGUUGAGUAAUACCACUGCUAUCGCCGAUGCUUGGAAGAGGAUUGAUAGAAAGUUUGAUUUAAUGUAUUCCAAACGUGCUUUUGUUCACUGGUAUGUUGGAGAAGGUAUGGAGGAAGGUGAAUUUACUGAGGCCAGGGAGGAUUUGGCUGCAUUGGAAAGAGAUUAUAUUGAAGUAGGCGCAGAUGCUUAUACUGAAGAUGAGUUUUGA